AUGUAUGCUUUUCUAAGUUUGAUAGCCACUAGCUUCACCUUAAGAUGUUCAGGGGCAUCAUGGUAUUCAAAUAUGUAUUUCACUAUAGUCUCUAACUUGCCAUGGUUGAUGUUAUUACAUGAUAAUGAAUUUGAUCAUAAUUUCAUCCAUAUUCAUGCUCUUCUUUUUCAGCUAGUUCUUAACCCAAGUUGUGUUCUUGAAGAUGAAGAGAACCUAAAGGUCUUGCCAGAAUGUAACCAUGCAUAUCAUUCUGAGUGUGUUGACAAGUGGCUCAAUUCUCAGUCAAGCUGUCCUCUUUGCAGAGCUUCUUUGAGUCCAAUUAUCACUCCAUGA